AUGGAUGAAGAUUUGUUCCAGCUUCGACAGCUUCCAGUGGUGAAAUUUCGCCGCACGGGUGAGAGCUCCCGCUCGGAUGAUGAGCACGUGGACAGGGAGGGCAUCCCGACAAGCACCUCUCACACCCAUCUGGACCCAGCUGGACUGGACAGUGAUGGGGCUUCGGUUCCGAGGGAGUUUGCCAACCCCACUGAUGAUACCUACAUGGUGGAGGAUGCUGUUGAGGCAAUUGGUUUUGGGACGUUCCAGUUGAAGUUGUCAAUCCUCACUGGUCUAUCAUGGAUGGCGGACGCCAUGGAGAUGAUGAUCCUGAGUAUUCUGGCUCCUCAGCUGCACUGCGAGUGGAGGUUACCCAGCUGGCAGGUGGCCCUACUUACAUCGGUUGUUUUUAUCGGGAUGAUGGUCAGCUCCUCCUUAUGGGGCAACAUAUCGGAUAAGUACGGUAGGAAAACAGGCCUAAGAAUGAGUGUGUUGUGGACGCUGUUCUACGGUGCUCUCAGCGCCUUCUCCCCCAUCUACGGCUGGAUUUUGGUUCUCCGUGCUUUAGUGGGCUUUGGAAUUGGUGGCGCACCACAAUCUGUAACCCUGUAUGCAGAGUUCCUACCCAUGAAGUCCAGGGCAACGUGUAUACUUCUGAUUGAGAUAUUCUGGGCGUUUGGCACAGUGUUUGAGGUGUUGCUGGCCAUCAUGGUGAUGCCAACCCUGGGCUGGCGCUGGCUGCUGGCCUUCUCAACGUUGCCACUUUGCCUUUUUGCUGUCCUUUGCUUCUGGCUUCCUGAGAGUGCCCGUUAUGAUGUGCUGACUGGAAACCAGGAGAAAGCACUUAACACCCUUAAACGCAUCGCCAAGGAGAACAAUGUGCCUAUGCCUUUAGGCAAGCUCAUUGCUGCAAGACAGGAGGAGAGAGGAAAGAUCCGUGACCUGUUUUCUCCAGACCUCCGCCUGACAACUAUCUUGCUCUGGUUCAUAUGGUUCUCAAAUGCGUUCUCCUACUAUGGUCUUGUCCUCCUGACUACAGAGCUCUUCCAGGAGGGAGAUACUUGUGGAGAGCUCAGAGCCAGCAAAGAGGCUGUCUGCAGUCUGGAGUGCAAAUACCUGAACUCAGAUGACUACAAAGAUCUCCUCUGGACAACUCUUUCCGAAUUCCCAGGGCUGCUGGUGACCCUGUGGGCCAUUGACCGUAUAGGUCGGAGGAAGACCAUGGCUCUGUGUUUCAUUACCUUCGCCAUUUGCAUUCUGCUCCUCUAUGCGUGUGUUGGCAGGACUUAUCUGACUGUGCUCAUCUUCAUUGCUCGAGCUUUCAUCGCCGGAGGUUUUCAAGCUGCAUACGUUUACACUCCUGAGGUGUACCCCACCGCCACCAGAGCGCUGGGCCUGGGCACCAGCAGUGGGAUGGCCAGAGUCGGGGCCCUCAUCACCCCCUUUGUGGCACAGGUGAUGCUGCAGUCGUCGCUGUACCUCACCCUGUCGGUGUACUGCUGCUGCUGCCUGCUGGCCGCCGUGGCUGCCUGCCAGCUGCCCAUCGAGACCACGGGCCGCGGCCUGCAGGAGUCCAGCCGCUGCGACUGGGGCCAGGAGAUGACGGGACGCGACGCGGCCCACAGCCCCGCUCCAGUCAGAGUCUCAACUCACUCCACGGACUGA